AUGCUAAGAGGUCUGCAGUUGUUACCGAUAGAGACUGAAAAGGAACUGGAAAGACGCAGAUUUUAUAGCCUCUGCUGGGCGCGAAAAGGGAGCUGUGAGACCACAUCUAGUCUGUGGCUUGUGUUUUCCUUUAGUGUCCUGUGUUUUCUCACUGUGCCUGAACCGACCAAGUCAGUUCCUGUUCCUAAAAGGGGGUCAAAGAAAACCAUCAAUAAUGCACGAAAGGAUGGCAAGAAGUGCAAGCACAGCCGCAAGGAAAGUUACUCCGUGUACUUGUACAAAGUGCUGAAGCACGUCAACUCAGACACCUGCAUCUCGUCCAAGGCCAUGGGCAUCAUGAACUCGUUCGUCAACGACAUCUUCGAGCGCAUCGCGGGCGAGGCCUCUCGCCUGGCGCAUUACAACAAGCGCUCGACCAUCACCUCCAGGGAGAUCCAGACGGCGGUGCGCCUGCUGCUGCCGGGAGAGCUGGCCAAGCACGCGGCUUCAGAGGGCACCAAGGUAGUCACCAAGUACACCAGCUCUAAAUGAGCCCCUGCUGCAGAGGAAAACCUGGUGUUCUGAAGAUAGGGGAAGCCAAAAUUAAAGGCAUGUCUGGUUUGGGGACUGUGCUGCACCACUACCUGCAGGAACACAGAAGAACUACUGUUAUAUUUUUGCUCGAAUAGGGAAUUAGUAAAUGUGGGUUACAAAGGAAGGACAAGUGUCACCAGUACACUUUUUAAAAAGGUAAACCAUGAAAUUUGUUUAUUCAAUCCAUCUACUCUUCUUCCCUUAUUCAUGUUAAUAUUUAUUCUGCAAACUGAUCUUGAGUGCCUAAUAUGUACUAUGAAAAAUUCCUAUAAUUGAAAAAAUCAGUAUUUUGAAAGGAAGGAAACAGUUAAGCAAAUAAGGACUCCAAAGAGGAACUGGGAAAAGAGAAAAAUGAAACCAGCCUUACUGGGAAGUUUGAAGUUUUCCAAGUCUUCAGGGCUUGUUGUAAAAGCCAAUGCGGUGGGGGAGGGAAGGUGCUCUGGGCAGAGAAGUCUGAGCACCCGGUAAAGUGGAGGAGAUUUUUAGAGUUGCUGAAGGCUGAAAUGGCUGGAGAUAAAUGUGGCAAGGUAAUUCAGAGGAGGCUUUAAAAAAAAGAUCCCGAGGGGCUCUGUAUACCUUCUCUACCAGGAAAAUGUAGAUUCUAGGCAGAAUUUUAAAAUUUUGUAAAAUGUGUUUUUCAGAUUCAUUCUUCUGGUGGUUCAAUUGAAAGUAGAUUGGAAGGAAGUGAGUUCUAAGUUUGAGAGGUUGAAAAUGCCAGCCAGCAAGUGAGGGACCAAACUAAGGCAGGGGCAACAGUCAGAAACAGAAGUAGGAGGUGGAGAAAGGGGAAUUUAAGGAAUAAAGGAGGCAGAAAGGGCAGAGCUUGCUGCAGACUGACUGAAAGGGGAAGGAGAGAGAAAAAGGGCAAACCUGGAAUGAUAUCUAGGUUUCAACUUCUGCAACUAAGAGUUCAAAAAAGGGAUUUCAGAAGGGGAGUUUGGUAGGAAAUGGGAUUUGCCCAGUUCAUCCAGUCAACAAAUAUUUAUUGCUCAUCUACUAUGAGCCAGGCACUGUUUGAAGUCCUGUCAAUAUGGCAGUAAGUAAAUUAUUAAAUUGAAUCACAUGUAAUUGCCAAUAUUUGAUUGGAUUUGAUCUAUAGAAAUGGUGGUUUCAUGUGUUUAAACCUAUGAAUAAAGUCUGACCUCAUACUGAGAACCAUAUGUUAGUGGGAAAAAAAAUUAAAGAAUAUGGGGCUCUAGCCUAAGGCCUCGUGCUUCAGAGGCAUUCACUUUCCAACUGCCCUAUAUAUCCCCUUGUUGAGUAGAGCAAUUUGUGUAGCAGACUGUUAUUCUCUAGUGAUAAUAAUGAAAUGACUUAACAUUUAUUGAGGGCAUAUUAUGUGAUAGAUUAUAUUAAAAUUCUUUUACUUAUAUUAACUCAUUUAAUUAUCUCAGUGGUCUUAUGAGGUAGGCUCUACUAUUAUUCCCACCUUACAGAUGAGGAAAUGGAGGGUCAGCAAAUUACAUGAGGAAAUAAACUAAAUGGCAGCUUGAAGUGGAAAAAAGCUCAGACAGCCCAGACGGGACAAUUAGUAUACAAAAUGAGAGUGGAUCAUACCCCUAGAGCCUCACUUUCAGAAGUUUCUCAAACAUUAAAUCCUAAACUUACCUGCUCCUUGAGUAGAAGGAUAAUACUGUAUGCAUAAUGCCAACAUGAAGAACAAACUAACGAGAAAUCUUUCACAGAGGAAGGAUAAAGACAGCAUUGCCUCCCUCAACGAUUAAUAAGGGCUUUCUGAAAUGAGAGGUUCCAUUAGUGGAAGAGCAGGGCCAAGAAGGGCAAGGUUCUUGAGCACACUCAGGUGAUGCUGACAAUUCCCAAGGUUCAGGGAGGAGUUGUGCUUGGCUCACAGUGGGAUAGUCAUAGGACUCAGAUAGGAUUAUAUGAUACUAGACUAUCCAAAUAAUAUCAUUAAACUUGUUUAUUCAAUUGUUUCCUCUUAAAAUGUCCUUUGGAUUUUUAUCAUUAGAAGUAAAUGAACCAACUCUUGGCAAAGCUAUGUGUUCUUUUUAGUUCAAUAAUAAACCAGAGUGUAUUAUUUCUAUUAUCCUUGGAGAUGAUGUUUAUACUAACAUAUACUUGCAUUAAUCACAUUAAUGCCUCAAUAUAAACUUCAUCCUAAUUGUUUAAUAUGUCACUGUCAAAGUCCAUGUGAUUUUCUUGAGUUUUUUCAAGAGAGGGAGGAGAGGAGAGAGAAUUUACCUGGGAAGAGAUCCCAAUGUAACAAUUUAGAAAAUUUGUACAAUUGCUAAAUUUUAAUAAGUAGCUAUUUUUAUUAUUAAUAAAGCACUGUUCUAAGGGCUUUACAUUUAAUAAAUUAUUUAAUUUCCAACUAUCUUAUUAAACCUAUCUUCAUGCAAACACUGAGGGCCAAAACAUUUCAGUAACUUGCUUAAGCACACACAUUGAGGUAGCAUCUCUGCCAGGACGUCUGGGUCUAGAGUCUAUGUUUGUAACCAGUACACCAUAUUUCCCAAAUAAGUCUGUGUACAUCAUUAUUCUUUGACAAGAAAAUAUCUUCACAACAUGUUGCUGAGUGGGGUGGUAUAUAAGGAGCAUGAAUGGUAUAUAAAAUUAUGUAUUCAUAGAGAAAUACUCAUUAAAAUGUAAAAAAAUGGUUGCUCUGUUUUAUGAAAUUUUACAGUAAAACCCCUUUUAUCUGACUUUGACUUACCCAAAUUAUUGCUUUAAUCAAUGCUUCUCAUUUCCUUUGUGAAAUAUACUGAGUGUUGCCAUGGGAACUGAAAGUCCCUGCAAGUAGCCUGAUGUAAAUUAAUUUACUUUUGUUAAACCAUAUGUUAACCUUCAGUGCUAUGUUAAUUCCCAAAAAAACUUCACUACUUUUGUUACUAUAAUUGUAUAAAAUACCAUGUAGAUGAAAGGAAAUGAGUUAGAAAAAAUAAUUGCUAUUACUAUGAAUGCCUAGUUAAUGUUCUAUAGACAUGCUGUACCUGAAUUCUUAGAAAUAUUCUAAUUAGA